UCAAUGAUUGCUCCCUCGUCCCGAAAAGCUGCUGGCCAUAAUAGUUAUUGUCAUUUUUUACUGUGAAAAAUAUAUAAUUACCACUUUUAAUGGUUUGCCAUCUUUCGGAGCGAAAAUGUUGGUUUUACUAGUAGCAGUAGCAUAAUUUCUGUGCCCGAAAAUCGAUCGUCGUCUAUUGUGUGUGAAAAUCUCGUGAGAAGGACAUUUUGCGGUAGUGUAACAUUUUGAUCUCGGUGGUUUGUGUAAAUCUUCGUCGUCGUAGUCGUCAAAACAGGCUUCGCUCGCUCGGGGUGGGAACAAUCCGAGGUGCUGAACUGGCAUCAGCAGCAAAAUGUCGACGGGACUGGUGGACAAAUCGUUCGCAAGUAACGAUGAACUGUUCUACCUAAAGUGGAACAACUUCCAGAAGAAUGUGAGUACCCAGUUCGAGAAGCUCCGGGAGGAGGACGAUCUGGUGGACAUUACGUUUGCCUGCGAGGGCAAGAAGCUGACCGCACACAAGCUGGUGCUGUUUGCUUGCAGUCCGUUUUUCAAGGAACUGCUAAAGAAAAACCCAUCUCCGCAUCCGGUAUUCUUUAUGAAUGAUGUGAAGUACGAUGUGCUGAAGGCUAUUCUGGAGUACAUGUACCUGGGCGAGGUGCACAUUACCAAUGAAAAUUUGAAGGAUUUCAUCAAAACUGCUGAGGGAUUGCAGAUUCGGGGUUUGAGCAAGGAGAAUAAUGCCUUAUCAAAUACACAGGGUGACGUUGUGAUGCCUCCCUCGAAUCAGGUUCCCAUGCGCAAGGAAGAGAAGGAUCAAUCAGUAGUGGAGAACGUCCAUCUGCUGGACGAAUUCUGUCGCAAGCGUCCGGAGUCGACCGGCGAGCUGGUUCAGACCACCGUAGGGUUGAACAUCAAGCGGGUGAAAACCGUCGAUACCCAGAUUCCCUCGGUCAGCGGACAGGACAGUGUAUCUAAUGUAGAACCGAAAGUGGAAAUGGUGGAGUAUUUGGAAACGGAAGGCACCGAUCACCAAUCGCCGACCUACUGCAGCAUGGAUAAUUUCACGGAAAAGAGCAAUUCGCGGAAUAACAUUGCGCAUAUGAAUCAGUUGAAUGCCUCUGGCUUCACCCAGACCCAAACGCAACCGAGCAGUUCCGGACACCAGCAACAGCAACAGCAGCAGCAGCAACAACAACAACAACAGCACGUUCAACACGAGUACAAAUCCGAAGAGGACAGCAGCUGGAUGGACAAAUCACUGGACAACAUUUCCGUCAACUCCGAACAACCAUCGGGCAAGUAUAAAGGCAAAUCCGGUGGCAGCCGUUCGAACCGUUCCUCCGAGGACAAAACAAAUUGCUUGACGCCUCGCUGCUGUCCCGUUUGUUCCCGCCUAUAUUCGAAUGUAUCCAACCUGCGGCAGCACAUGCGAUUGAUUCACAACCCAACCGCGGUCUGCUGUCCCAUCUGCCAGAAGCACUUCAAUUCGGAACUCUACCUAAAGCGACACUACUCGUCGAUCCACUCGAUCAACACCGGCAAUCAAUCCGACGGGGAACUGGCCGAUCAGAAACCACCGACGUCGCAGCUGACCGGACAGCAAACGCAAACUCCUCAACAACAGCAGCAACAGACUACCCAGCAGCAGCAGCAACAGCAGCAAGCUCAGCAACAGCAACAAACCCAACAAGCACCGGCACCGGCUGCGACCAACACCUGGAAUCCAUAUCACCAUCACGAUACGACGCAACUGGUGAAUCCGUUCAUCAAAUAAUCACUAUUAGUCGGCGCUAGUGGUAAGUCACACGUGCAGGUACAACAACAACAACAGCAGCAGCAGCAUAAUAAUCAGCAGCAACAGCAAUGUCUUUCUCAGUUGGUCACAAUCUGUUCGUUGGGCCAGUUUGCUGCCCAAAGCCAAAGUAGCGGUCCCAAGCAGUGAGUCGAAGAACAUAUUCAAUAGGCAAUCCGAUGUCUAUGUGCGGUUUAGUGUGUCCUUGUGGAGCUGCUAGAAUCUGUCCAAGGUAGCAAUAUUUGUAGCUUGUGUAACGUGUCGGUCAUUACAUUGUUCGUUUGGAAUUUCUUAACCGUUAUGUGCGUCACGUCACAUAACGGGUAAUAAUUUUAUUUUUUGGGAUUGUUCAUGAGCUGUUCUGUGGAUUUUUUUUAAAGGAAAAUUUGCCUGUCUGGUGCAGGGCUGAUACGUAGUGGUUAACCGAUUUGAAAUUAUCCGGAGGUCCUUGCAGAAGGCCUUCAAUAUUUUCGUGUUAUUUUCCUCUGAGAGUCCAGUCAAAUACAAUCAGAAAUUCGCGCGUUCAAGUGAAAGUUUUCCUACCCACCUACCUAAGUGGCAUCCACUGCUCGUUUUCGACUUCUGUCGACAUGCUUGAUUGAAGGUGAGUCGCCAUGUGCCCUUGGGUAUGCUUCUGCUGAGAUGCCCCUGUCAGAUUCCAAUUCAACGUUUGCUUGCAGAUUUCGUUUCCGCCCCAUUCGUAGUGUUGCAGUGUUGCAACCACCUGGAAUUAUCAGGGAAGUUCAGUCGAGUGUCUGAAUCUGUCUCAAUUUUUUUAGUUUUUGCUGAAUGAUUCUAUGUUUAAGACUCUUAAAGUUAACGGAGAUGCGCAGAAGGACACUUUGACUAUUUGGAGGAAUAUUUUCAUAGCCCAUAGCAUAUUUGGAAGCCCUUGUCACCGAUUUUGAACACAGGAACGGGACGACUCAGAUGGCGGCAGCGACAAUCUGGAUUACAGGGAAAACGGCGAAGCUCGACUGUGACGAGUGGAUUAUCACUCCGAGCACGAUGCCUCUGGUAACAUGUGUAACGGCAAACUUACAAUGUUUGAAAAAUCAUAGCUUACCCAUUUAGUGACGAGUUUCAAAUCUAUGGCACCAUUUGCAACUACAUACUUAGAAGAUUUCUUUGGUAUCAAUAGAUUUAAAAUCGAUCGAUUAAUUGCUGAGCAUUGAUUUUUCAAACAUUGCCAAUUUACCGUUGCAUCCCUAAUUACAAAUGUGCGUUCCGUUGGUGGCGAUGGACUAUAAACGUGAGCAGGAAGGAAGGAAGACGUUUAUCUCGGACGUCAGGUAAGUUUCAGUGAAGAAGUCAACAAGCUCUAUGUCAUUGCUCUUGAGCAAGCAAGCAGUCCAGUUGACUAUUUUUAUCACUGCAUACAUGGCCACUGAUAAUAACGCAGCGAGAGAGUAACUUUUUAUCAGAGGUAUGUAGUUAGUUCUAAAAACUGCAGUUUUUAGAUUUUUCUCAUGCAACUGAGUAGAUGUGACUCUCUCUCUCUCUCUCUCUGAGUUAUUCUCAGUGGCCGUGUUGGCCAUAUUCAAUGACAAAAUGUCAUCGGCGAAGCCAAGAAGCUGAACGGACUUCCUGAAAAUCGUACCACUCGUGUCUAUCCCAGAUCUUCGGAUUACACCUUCCAAAUCGAUAUUGAACAGCGGACAUGACAGCCCAUAACCUUGCCGUAGCCCUCUUCGCGAUCUGUGCACCUUCCUCUCUUUAAACACCCCUAUUCCGUAUUCCGUUCGACACAGAUAUCCCAUACAUUUUUUUUUUAAAAUUAGUUAUCCGUUUCGAACGGAAUGCAGCAUUACGGGUGCACAUUUUACUAACAACAACAUCUGUGACAUACUGACUUGAGUAAGCUAUAUGAUGUUCCUGUUGUUGAAUCGAUCAUCAUCGAUUGAUUUAAAUUGAGUCCAACUAACCGCAGCAUUUUUGCCCCAUAUACAUUGCUAAGCCAGUUAAAAGCGGAUAGGUCCUACCACAAAAGCGUUUAAAUGAAAGUUUUAACAAUUGUUGAGUUCUCUACAGCAAUCAUCUUACUGCAUAUGAAAUUUUUUGUACAAAUAAAAGUAAAACGAACACGAAACUAUGUUAAAACAAGAAACACACAAGGCAGAGCCAACACGAUCGUAUAAAAUAAACUAUAACAACACAACCGGACUCAAAUUAAACUGAAACCCCAAUAUCGCAAGUUUUACUCGAAAUCCAAAUUCAAAAAAAAAAAAAAACCCUACCUAGAUAAUAAACCAUGAUUAAAGAUAUGAAACACAAAAUGUAUAAUUGUACUUAGAGAAAAAGGAUAAAGUUAAUUCUUGUUCUCGUAUCUAGGCCAAGAAGCGAAUGGAGACGAACGGAAAACAAAACAAAAAAGUGUACAAAAGAAGAGAAUUCGUGAAGAAAAGAGCCUACCGUUUUUUUUUUUAAACUUUAGUUAAUAACUUCGUGGUGUGCCUGUUUCGUUUUGAAGAGUUAUCGUUGUAUACCCUAAUUUAACCCCUAACAACCUUGGCGGAACGAGGAAUCAAGGAAAUGUUUACUUUCAUUUAGGUAAUUCUAAACGCAUGUUUUGUGACAAAUUAGCAUUAAGGAUCAUUGAGAAAAAUCUUCACUGUGCGUAGAGGUAAGGUAAUUUGCUGAUAAGCAGAGAAAUAAACCGGUUAGGUAAAUAGUGUUUAGGGAAAGAUUCUCUGGAAGAAAGAGCAGUUAGUGUUUAAGAAAUACAUAAACAAAAAGAUACCCUACGGUAGAAGAUUCCCUCAUCCUCAAGUAGGGAGAGCGAGAGAGAGAGAGAGAGAGAGAGAGAGGGUGGUGUGUAGUAGCAUUAUGGGCAUCAUGUCGUGCAUGUAAAUACAAGUUAUAUUGGACAAAUUGAUUGGAGAAGAAAUAAAAUAAAAUAAUGAUUAAAAUUAAA